AGUAGAAAUUGUCAGGCGAAAUGUGGGCAAAACAGGGGGGGAAGGGUAAAAAUCUGCUCGAUCCGUGUGGAAGAGCAUCAAAUGUAUGGUGGUGUGUCUAAACGUCAAGAGUUGCGAGUGCAUUUUCAAAUCAAAACAAACUGGUGUUGGAAACGGAUGAAAGUGAUUUCUUUUGCUUCGAAAUUAAAGUUGUUUUUUUUAUUUGUUUUGCAUAAAACCAAGUGAAAAUGGAUACGUCCAAACGUUUGAAGAAAAGUGGAGUGGCGAGCAAGCGUGCCAAAGCAAUUUGGGAGCGCUUUGAUAAGGAAUGGGAAGAGGAAAAUCUUCCGAGAACAAGCAGCGGUGUCGAUCAACAAGCUUCAUCAUACGGGAAUGUGCAGCCGGAUGCCGUGGAAGUUGCCGAUAUACCCAUGGAAUCAGAAGCAGCGGAUUACGUUUCUGAUGACGAUGAAGACGCUGAUUGCUCGGUGUUGGAAGACGAUUGGAGUGAAGGCGAAUUGGAGGACGAAGUCAAUGAGGAUGAGUAUUUUGAUGCUGAUGAAGCCCCCGAAGGCAAUGCUUAUGCUAGCAGGCUUAGGAUAUGGGCUUUAACUCAUAAAAUAACGCAUUCUGCAUUGAGUGAUUUGCUGGUGUUGACUCGUGAAACUACAAAUAUUUCUCUUCCUAGGUGUGCAAAGACGCUACUGAAGACUCCGAAACAGGUGGAGAGACAUUUUACGGCCGUUGGAGAAGGGCAGCUUUGGUACCAAGGAAUACAAAGCACUCUCCAACAAUAUUAUCGGUAAG